AUUAGAGCAGCCGCCGCGGAGCCGUCCCCGACGCCACCUCCUUCUCCUUCGCCGCAGUUUCCUCCGCCGCUGUCGGGCGUGCGGCGCUGAGGGACCCGGGCGAGCGCGCCGCGCACCGCCCCGCCGGCUCGCCUCCCUCGCCGCGUUCCGCCCUCAGUGGUCUGCCGGGCGCCCCCUCCUCCGGCCCGGGCGGGGCCUCUGAUCGCCUCAAGAGAGCGGGGAGGGGGCUCGGGGGCCGCGGCCUGCCCUCCCGGCGGGCGGCUGAGGGCGAGGGAGGCCCUCCCUUCUGGCGAGGGGAGGGAGGGUGGGUCAGGAGCCCCCCACCCGCCCUGCGGAGCUCGGGGCCGCGCGAGGGGCGGUUGUCUGGGGGAGGGGGCGCGGGGUGAUUCAGCGCCCGGCGAGGCGGAAGCGGCCGCAAGAGGAGGAGGGGAGAGCCCGUCCGCGCCUGGGCUCCCGGGGUGGCACGAGCCCGCGGCCGGAGUGCGAGGCGGAGGCGAGGAGGCCGCGGGGACGGGAGACGAGGCCGGCCGGGCCCCCGAAGCCAUGGAGAACGCGCACACAAAGACGGUGGAGGAGGUGCUGGGCCACUUCGGCGUCAACGAGAGUACGGGGCUGAGCCUGGAGCAGGUCAAGAAGCUUAAGGAGAGAUGGGGCUCCAACGAGUUACCGGCUGAAGAAGGAAAAACCUUGCUGGAACUUGUGAUUGAGCAGUUUGAAGACUUGCUAGUUAGGAUUUUAUUGCUGGCAGCAUGUAUAUCUUUUGUUUUGGCUUGGUUUGAAGAAGGUGAAGAAACAAUUACAGCCUUUGUAGAACCUUUUGUAAUUUUACUCAUAUUAGUAGCCAAUGCAAUUGUGGGUGUAUGGCAGGAAAGAAAUGCUGAAAAUGCCAUCGAAGCCCUUAAGGAAUAUGAGCCUGAAAUGGGCAAAGUGUAUCGACAGGACAGAAAGAGUGUACAGCGGAUUAAAGCUAAAGACAUAGUUCCUGGUGAUAUUGUAGAAAUUGCUGUUGGUGACAAAGUUCCUGCUGAUAUAAGGUUAACUUCCAUCAAAUCUACCACACUAAGAGUUGACCAGUCAAUUCUCACAGGUGAAUCUGUCUCUGUCAUCAAGCACACUGAUCCCGUCCCUGACCCACGAGCUGUCAACCAAGAUAAAAAGAACAUGCUGUUUUCUGGUACAAACAUUGCUGCUGGGAAAGCUAUGGGAGUGGUGGUAGCAACUGGAGUUAACACCGAAAUUGGCAAGAUCCGGGAUGAAAUGGUGGCAACAGAACAGGAGAGAACACCCCUUCAGCAAAAACUAGAUGAAUUUGGGGAACAGCUUUCCAAAGUCAUCUCCCUUAUUUGCAUUGCAGUCUGGAUCAUAAAUAUUGGGCACUUCAAUGACCCGGUUCAUGGAGGGUCCUGGAUCAGAGGUGCUAUUUACUACUUUAAAAUUGCAGUGGCCCUGGCUGUAGCAGCCAUUCCUGAAGGUCUGCCUGCAGUCAUCACCACCUGCCUGGCUCUUGGAACUCGCAGAAUGGCAAAGAAAAAUGCCAUUGUUCGAAGCCUCCCGUCUGUGGAAACCCUUGGUUGUACUUCUGUUAUCUGCUCGGACAAGACUGGUACACUUACAACAAACCAGAUGUCAGUCUGCAGGAUGUUCAUUCUGGACAGAGUGGAAGGUGAUACUUGUUCCCUUAAUGAGUUUACCAUAACUGGAUCAACUUAUGCACCUAUUGGAGAAGUGCAUAAAGAUGAUAAACCAGUGAAAUGUCACCAGUAUGAUGGUCUGGUAGAAUUAGCAACAAUUUGUGCUCUUUGUAAUGACUCUGCUUUGGAUUACAAUGAGGCAAAGGGUGUGUAUGAAAAAGUUGGAGAAGCUACAGAGACUGCUCUCACUUGCCUAGUAGAGAAGAUGAAUGUAUUUGAUACCGAAUUGAAGGGUCUUUCUAAAAUAGAACGUGCAAAUGCCUGCAACUCAGUCAUUAAACAGCUGAUGAAAAAGGAAUUCACUCUAGAGUUUUCACGUGACAGAAAGUCAAUGUCGGUUUACUGUACACCAAAUAAACCAAGCAGGACAUCAAUGAGCAAGAUGUUUGUGAAGGGUGCUCCUGAAGGUGUCAUUGACAGGUGCACCCACAUUCGAGUUGGAAGUACUAAGGUUCCUAUGACCUCUGGAGUCAAACAGAAGAUCAUGUCUGUCAUUCGAGAGUGGGGUAGUGGCAGCGACACACUGCGAUGCCUGGCCCUGGCCACUCAUGACAACCCACUGAGAAGAGAAGAAAUGCACCUUGAGGACUCUGCCAACUUUAUUAAAUAUGAGACCAAUCUGACCUUCGUUGGCUGCGUGGGCAUGCUGGAUCCUCCGAGAAUCGAGGUGGCCUCCUCCGUGAAGCUGUGCCGGCAAGCAGGCAUCCGGGUCAUCAUGAUCACUGGGGACAACAAGGGCACUGCUGUGGCCAUCUGUCGCCGCAUCGGCAUCUUCGGGCAGGAUGAGGACGUGACGUCAAAAGCUUUCACAGGCCGGGAGUUUGAUGAACUCAACCCCUCCGCCCAGCGAGACGCCUGCCUGAACGCCCGCUGUUUUGCUCGAGUUGAACCCUCCCACAAGUCUAAAAUCGUAGAAUUUCUUCAGUCUUUUGAUGAGAUUACAGCUAUGACUGGCGAUGGCGUGAACGAUGCUCCUGCUCUGAAGAAAGCCGAGAUUGGCAUUGCUAUGGGCUCUGGCACUGCGGUGGCUAAAACCGCCUCUGAGAUGGUCCUGGCAGAUGACAACUUCUCCACGAUUGUGGCUGCCGUUGAGGAGGGGCGGGCAAUCUACAACAACAUGAAACAGUUCAUCCGCUACCUCAUCUCGUCCAACGUCGGGGAAGUUGUCUGUAUUUUCCUGACAGCAGCCCUUGGAUUUCCCGAGGCUUUGAUUCCUGUUCAGCUGCUCUGGGUCAAUCUGGUGACAGAUGGCCUGCCUGCCACUGCACUGGGGUUCAACCCUCCUGAUCUGGACAUCAUGAAUAAACCUCCCCGGAACCCAAAGGAACCAUUGAUCAGCGGGUGGCUCUUUUUCCGUUACUUGGCUAUUGGCUGUUACGUCGGCGCUGCUACCGUGGGUGCUGCUGCAUGGUGGUUCAUUGCUGCUGACGGUGGUCCAAGAGUGUCCUUCUACCAGCUGAGUCAUUUCCUACAGUGUAAAGAGGACAACCCGGACUUUGAAGGCGUGGAUUGUGCAAUCUUUGAAUCCCCAUACCCGAUGACAAUGGCGCUCUCUGUUCUAGUAACUAUAGAAAUGUGUAACGCCCUCAACAGCUUGUCCGAAAACCAGUCCUUGCUGAGGAUGCCCCCCUGGGAGAACAUCUGGCUCGUGGGCUCCAUCUGCCUGUCCAUGUCACUCCACUUCCUGAUCCUCUAUGUCGAACCCUUGCCACUCAUCUUCCAGAUCACACCGCUGAACGUGACCCAGUGGCUGAUGGUGCUGAAAAUCUCCUUGCCCGUGAUUCUCAUGGACGAGACGCUCAAGUUUGUGGCCCGCAACUACCUGGAACCUGUUCUUAGCUCAGAACUUUAGUUGUACUCUGCUUGAGGGGAAGAAGGCUCCUGCUCUGCUGUCAAUACUGGAGUAACCGCUUCCUAAACCAUUUUGCAGAAAUGUAAGGGUGUUCGGUUGCGUGCAUGUGCGUUUUUAGCAACACAUCUACCAACCCUGUGCAUGAUUGAUGUUGGGGAAAAAGAAAAGUAAAAAAGUUCCCAACUCUGUGUUAUGUGGAGGAAAUGUGUAUUACCAAUGGGGUUGUUAGCUUUUAAAUCAAAAUAAUGAUUAUAGAUGUACAAUUUAGCUUAAUCAGAAAGCCUCUCCAGAGAAGUUUGGUUUCUUUGCUGCAAGAGGAAUGAGGCUCUGUAACCUUAUCUAAGAACUUGGAAGCCGUCAGCCAAGUCGCCACAUUUCUCUGCAAAAUGUCAUAGCUUAUAUAAAUGUACAGUAUUCAAUUGUAAUGCAUGCCUUCGGUUGUAAGUAGCCAGAUCCCUCUCCAGUGACAUUGGAACAUGCUACUUUUUAAUUGGCCCUGUACAGUUUGCUUAUUUAUAAAUUCAUUAAAAACACUACAGGUGUUGAAUGGUUAAAAUGUAGGCCUCCAGUUCAUUUUCAGUUAUUUUCUGAGUGUGCAGACAGCUAUUUCGCACUGUAUUAAAUUAACUUAUUUAAUGAAAUCAGAAGCAGUAGACAGAUGUUGGUGCAAUACAAAUAUUGUGAUGCAUUUAUCUUAAUAAAAUGCUAAAUGUCAAUUUAUCACUGCGCAUGUUUGACUUUAGACUGUAAAUAGAGAUCAGUUUGUUUCUUUCUGUGCUGGUAACAAUGAGCGUCGCACAGACAUGGUUUCAGGUAAAUAAAUCUAUUCUAUGAUAAA